AUUAGGAGGUCGUGUUGCAUUGUGGGAAGUUGAGCGGGUGAAAGAUGGCGGCGCGCGUCCUCUCCCGGUGUGUCCGGACACUGAGCCGCGGCGCGGUGGUGUUUAACCGGCCUGGUGUCUCCGCGGCGGCGGCGGCGGCGCUUCCUCUCAGCCGGGGCCGAAUGUUCUCUCACCUGGCGGCGGGACACAAGCCGCUGCUCGCGCAGACUCUCGCUGGGUUGCAGCGGCGGCGCUACGGCGACCUUCCACCUUUAACCCUGGAAUCUAUCAGAGAUCGCGUGCUCUACGUCCUCAAACUGUACGACAAGAUCAAUCCAGAGCAGCUUCAGGUCACAUCUCACUUCAUGAAGGAUUUGGGCCUGGACAGUCUGGACCAAGUGGAGAUCAUCAUGGCCAUGGAGGACGAAUUCGGUUUUGAGAUUCCGGAUGCCGAAGCGGAGAAGCUGAUGACUCCUGCGGAAAUCGUUCAGUACAUCGCAGAUAAGAAGGAUGUCUACGAAUGAGCGCUUAUCGUUCGCUGUACAGAGCUGUGUGUGUGUGUGUGUGUGUGUGUGUGUGUGGAGAGACGUCCGUGAUGGCUAACGUGUCGCACCGGCGUGAAGUGUGUGUUGUGUUCAGCUGUAGAAGUAAACCUGCUCGUAAUCCUGCGCUGGACUUGAUUUGGGAUCGGCAGGAUCUCGCCAACCUGCUGCAGGAUGUUUGGAUACCGUUUAUCUUUCAUUAAAAUAGAAACCUUUCACAGAAACAUGACCAGAAUAAAGUCUCUACAUCCCUGA